GUGGACGGAUAGCUCAGUGGUUUGCACACUGGCCUUCCAAUCCUGAGGUCGGGGGUUCGAUCCCCGGCAGCUACUCGGGAAUUUUCAGAAACGCUUUUCAGUGUUUCCCACCCAACUAGAGGUGUACUGGUCAGGAACCCAGGCAAUCCUUGCGUGUAUCAGUGCUAUACACUGGGCACGUUAAAGAACCAGGCUGUCUAUUCGAAAUGAGCUAGGCUAAGUUAGCCGGACAAGUCUGUAUCUGAUUACUAUGGGAUACGAACUGGUCCAAAACUCUAAGAAACCGCAUCUUGCGGUUUAAAAGCGCAUCUUGCGGUUUUUAAAGCGCAUCUUGCGGUUUAUAAAGCGCAUCUUGCGGUUUAUAAAGCGCAAGAUGCGGUUUCUAAACCGCAAGAUGCGCUGGAACAGUUUUGAACCGUUUGUGCGUGAAAUACUAAACCGCAUCAUGCGGUUUUACCCGGCUUUAACCGGAUGCAGUAUAGUACGGUAGGGUAUUGUUUUUCCAUCAACCAAUGAGAAAGCUCGUUAUUCAUUUGAGCGCGAUUUGCGAAACAACAACAAAAACACAAUAAUAAAUGGUAGUUUAAAAUUAUGGACAUCGGAAACUUCCUUGAGCGAGUUCGAGUUGUAAUGGGAUCGAUCAAUAGAUCACUAGAAGUGUCACAGUCACAAGAUGCAUUAGACAGCGCCAUUGUCCGGUUGGACGCGUUGAUUAGAAACGUCAACAGAAUGACUGUAGCUUAUCCCGGAUGUGCAAAUAUUUUGACCGACUUGUCAGAAGCCUUGGAAGUAGUUCAAGAGUUAAAAAGAUCUGCUGAGGAUGACAGUCAGACCAGACCCGAGGUUCAGCAUGGUGAAACUGGAAGGCCACGAUAUGUUGUCUCAAGGGAUCAGCUUGAGCUACUUCUUGAUCUACAUUUUACAAACAAAGAGAUAGCAGACCUUGUCAAUAUCAGUGUGUCCAGUGUGAAAAGAAGACUGAGACAAUACAAUUUGAGUAGGAAGGACAGAUUUUGCAAUAUGUCUAAUGACGAGCUCGAUGAGAGAGUAAAAAAUAUUACGGAAGGAAACCCCAUGCUUGGUCAGAGAAAUGUGAUGGGCCAGCUUUUAGCAGAUGGUAUACAUGUUCAAAGAGACAGGGUGGCAGAAGCAUUAUUGAGGGUUGACCCUGCAGCUGUGGCAAUGAGAUGGAGUCAGACUAUCUGCAGAAGAACAUAUUCUGUACCAGGUCCAAAUGCACUUUGGCAUAUAGAUGGCAAUCACAAGCUUAUAAGGUAUGUUAGCAAUGAAUAGCUUACAUAUAUCAUA